GACCUGGAAGAGAGAGAAAGUAUAUUCCUUCCGUCACCUUCUCUUCAUCUCUCCCUGACUCCCUCCUCACUUUCCUCGCGGCUCGCGUUCAUUUUCCACCAAAAAGCUCGAUUUCACUAUCGAGGUUCUAUGCGGAAGCUCUCGAUCUCGCGUGGAAUCCCGUCGGACGUUGUUCGAGAUAACUAUGGAAUUUCUUCCUCUAUUGCACAUAUCAAAUGUCUCUGUUUUCUUUGGGAGUAAUGGGAUUUUUCCAGAUUCCAACAUCCUAUUAAUGAGUAAAAGAUAAUGCACGUUUUUCGUUCAGGCUGAAAUUUUUCAUAGGAGUGUCAAUAAAUGAGGUAGUAUAAUACAAUUCAUAGCCACAAGAAACCAAAGUACUAGCUUGGCGGGAACCCUAUUAUUCUCCCUCAACAAACUCUUUCUAUCCAAAAUUUUGGAGUUAGUAAAUGCAUAAACAGAAUGCCGGUUGGUAUGGACUUUCUGAACAUUGUUUCUGCUGAGUAACGGACUCCUGAAAAUGUAUUGACCUUACUUGUGAAAUAUAUAUGACGCUGGUCUUCUUUGUACGAUCUCUAUAAAUUCCACCAAUUUGUGCUUCAAAAAGUUGUAUACGUCCCCGCCUAAUUUUAUUGAGCAUUCCUCAUAUUGUUGUAACCAUUAUUUAUUGUCAUUGUUAUUGUUAUUAGUAUUGUUAUCGAUCAUUGAGCACUCCAAUCUUGUAUUGAUAUGCAUGGAUGCAUGAAAUUAUGUAUAUGUUCUUUCUGUUGUUCUACAGGUAUUCAGUCACUAUGUUGAGCUUUUCAUGGAUUUCCUUCUUCCUGGCAGUUUCUUGUUCUAAAGCUUAGCAUUAAUCGGCACAUAACAAACCAUGUGGAAUAGUUGGUCCUUUUUUAUGGAUCUUGAUGAAGGAUCUCAAUACAUUUUUCCUGUGGAUCCCCUUGUUCUUCAAAGCUUUGGGGGCAAUUAUUUGUCCAAGAUUGGUUUGUUCGUUGACAAUUCUCUCUAUCAGUCCAGAUGCUUAUAUUUCCAUGGAAGUUUAGCACUUCAAGGAACUUUUGACUGCAUUGCGAAAUUUGCUGGAGCUUUAUUUUUCUGGUUUUCAUGUGGAUCAAGUUCCAAUGUUUAUCACAAUGUAUCGGACAGUCUGCAUGGAUCAAAACGUAGAAAUUGUAAAUCCUGUAUGCAAGUCAAGCACGUAAAUUCUUGUAGACAUAAUCCAGCUAGACUGCACUUCAGUUCUAGAUCAAGAGAAGCUGCUUUUCCUUUGUUUUUUGAUAGGACAGUAAGUUCCAAAAUAAGAUACCUGUGCAAUGAAGUUGAACAGCUUCAGUCCUUUUCUGUGUUCUCGCUAGCUGCUGCUUUGGUACCACCAUUUGACAAAAGCUUAUCCCCAAAGGUCCUAAAUGUCCCAGUGGAGAACACUGAUGUAGAAAUUAGUGGGCACAUGAAUCAAAGAUCCUGUGCAGAUGAGCACCAAGGAUGUGCUGGUUUUUCUUUUCUGGACAUGAACUGGAGCAGGGAUACAGUUGAGCCAAGAACAGGCGUUAAGUUCCCUACAGUUUUAGACAACAUUCUAGCUGGGGAAAAGAGAUACACUUUGCCUUCUGAGGUCCUUGUUGGAACUGGUUCCAGAACUAUGACAAUUGUCAAAAUAAAAUCUCUGAAAGUUUAUGCAUUUGGCUUUUAUGUUAACCCUGAUUCUGUCUGUGAGGAACUGGGUCCAAAAUAUGCUUCUAUGUCAGUCAGUGAAUUGAACAACCGGCCGGAAUUUUUUGAGGAUCUUAUCAGGAAAGAUAUUCAUAUGACUGUUAGGCUUGUGGUCAACUGCAAUGGACUGAAAUUCAGUACUGUUCGAGAUGCUUUUGAGAAAUCCCUCCGAGCUCGGUUGAUGAAGGUGAACCCCAACACUGAUUUUCACUGCUUGAGAGCAUUUGGUUCAUUUUUUGUUCAUGAUAUCUCAUUACCUGUGGGUACAACAAUUGAUUUUCAACAAACAGCUGAUGGCCAGCUAAUUACAGAAAUUGCUGGAAAACAGAUUGGAUCAGUUCAUAGCAAGGACUUGUGCAGAGCUUUCUUUGACAUGUAUAUUGGGGAUGCUCCUGUUUCUUUAGAGGCAAAGGAAGAAAUUGCUAGAAACAUUGUUAGUAUUAUAAGGCGAUGCUGAGCUACUUGCGCCCAGCUUUCAUUUUGUGUUCUGACAUUUUUAUUCAGUCCAAAUAGUGACAUGGUGAGCUGUUGAAUGCAUACUGCCAGCUUGUACUGAAGAAGCUUUUGCUUGUCUAAACUAAGUCAUUUUGUUGCACCAUGUGAUCAGGUAAAGAGAAUAUCUUAUAAAUUCACAAUCAACCUCGUAGGGGUUAUAUAUAUUUGUAAAAGUAAGGGUUUUAUCA